UCAACGCAAAGGAACCAAACGUGUUUGACGGGUCGCAGUUCCCUCGGCACAACUCAUUGUGGUUCGGCAGCAGUGAAGUACCGUGGGGGCUUUUUUGAUGGCAUCAAUAUUGAUAUAAUUCGAGGAUGUUUUGACUGCACGGGUGGGUAAAAGUAUUACUUUUAACAGUUUUAUCCCAGAAAAAAUAAAUUAUAAAUAGAAACGGUCUAAAACUUGUAAUUCUCACUAACAACAACUCUUGUUAGGGCCAAAUAAGGUCAAAACAGCAAAAAUUAAAAUAUAAUGUUAAAAUUAAAUCAAACAUAGUAGAGGGGUUGGGUAGGGGAAGAAGAGAUAAUUGUAUCUACGCGUCAAUGACUGCUACGAUGAUCACAAUCUUUUCAUUCAGAUAAAAAAGCAGCCUGCUAUUCUCUUGGAGGUUACCUGAAGCGUGAAGAACGCGACACAUUGCUUGAGUGCGAAAUUGAGUGUUGCAAUAGCAGUAGAUGUAACACGAAGAACUCAUCUUUGACACAGGACGCGGUAACUGUGUUUACACCGGAAGGUAUUAUAUUAAAUAUUUUCAAAUUGUGUAUUUUACAGAACCAGAGCUAUGCGAGUUUACCGUGGACGUUUGUCAUGUUUGGACCAAACCCGCUCGGUCUCUAUCAGCCGUCAGCUGGAAAACGGAUUAGCGAUUGUCACAUGUUCGCUUGUAGCCUCCCACGCAGACGUUCGUAGGGCUUCGUCACCCGUUCCUUGCCCACGAACGUCUGCAGGAGGGCGCGUCACGAAGCCCUAAGAACCUCUGCGUGGGAGGCUAGUUCGCUUGCGAUCGUGUAGUCAAGGGUACAGUGCUGUACACAUAUGGCAGCGCUAGUCCCUUGUCCCUGUUUCGUAACGUUGGACUUAGGUACUAGUUUUUAACCCUCUCACUGCCAAUUGUGGCUAAAGGCAAAAUUGAGCAAAAAUUCCCACAUUUCAUUUUGUAAAAUUUUCAAAAGCAAAUAGUACCAUGUGAAAUUACAGGCAGAGAGCUUUCAUUUGAAUGGUCACACCAUAGGAUUUCGUCCACAGAUUAAAACGUUAGAGCCACCUUACAAAACUCCUCAUUCACUCUGGCAGUAAAAGGUUUAAUAGUCUCUCUCGUCUGACUUUACUUCUCCCCUUUUGCUAUCGUAUGGGCAGCCUCUGGACCUUCGCAAUGCCAGGAAUGUUUCGACGAUACUGAUGCAGAGUGCAUUGAGAAACAAGACCCACAGGAUUGUAGCCGAGAUUCGCGUUCACUUGGAACAACCCACUGUGGCUACGCCAAGAUAAAGUAUGCGUCCAAAUUUGGUAUACGUGAUAGGGUUUAUAGAGGAUGUAUUAAUUGCGCAGGUACGUUUAGUAGUAUAAGUUUGAAAAUACAAUAUUACAGGAACUGGAAUAAUAAUAAUAAUAAUAAUAAUAAUAAGUAAAUAAUAAUAAUAAUAAUUUUUUUUAAUUUUUUUUCAAUAAAACAAAACUUUAUUCAUAGAUUUAAAAAAAAUAGACUAUUUACAGAUUCAAGAAUAUGAAAUAUUAAAAUAUAUACCCUAUGUACAUUUUUCUUGUCUACGAAAGAGAAUUGUUGUAAAAUGACUAUCUAAAGACUACUAAUAACAAUUAUAAAAAGCAUCAAAAAGUUGAUAAAAAAAAAUAAAAACUAUUUAAAAAUAAUAAUUCAAACUGAUAAAAAGUUACUACUUAAAUUCUGGCUUGCGCACUUUCCGAUGUAAUGUCAAUGUCAGAUAUAUUGGCUGCUCUUCUCUUGCUCCUGGUUCCUCUGAGACACAGCAAGGCUGAUCGUAAGAUGGCAAAGGAUACUUUCGCCCUUAUCCAAGAUAUGGUUGUAGCGUAGUCAUCUCCUUUCUUUAACGCAAGUAGCUCUGCGAGGCGGCUAUGGAAUCUCUUGCAUUCAUCGGCCAUUCCACCUGUAAUAAUAAUAAUAAUAAUAAUAAUAAUAAUAAUAAUAAUAAUAAUAAUAAUAAGCUCCCUCCUGAACAAGAGUGGCUAUGGAUACAACACCCCCCAUGGAAAAGAUCAGCCACCUCUUCUACAUGGAUGACCUGAAGACCUACACGCAAAAAAAGACGACGAACAAACGGGCAUGUUGAGAACCAUCAAAUCUUUCAGUGACGACAUAAUCAGGGAUUUCGGAUUGGACAAGUGCGCCAAGGCCACCUUCAAGAGAGGGCGACUAGCCGACUCCAGUAACAUCGAGCUCGACGUCAACACCAUCAUACAGGACUUAGAUCAGGAAGGUACCUAUAAGUACCUAGGAGUCAGCGAGGGAAACGGAGUCCAGCACUCUCAGAUGAAAGAGAAGAUCCGGAAAAAGUACUACUGCAGGAUGCGGAUGGAACUCCGCAAACAAACUGGAAGCCAUCAACACCCUGGCAGUACCGGUGGUAACUUACAGUUUUAACGUCAUAAACUGGACGUUACAAGAGCUGGCCAAACUUGAUACAAAGACUAGAAAGUCCCUGACAAUGUACAAGAUGCACCACCCCAAAUCUGACGUGGACAGGCUUUACCUGCCCAGAACUGAAGGAGGUAGAGGGCUCAUACAACUGGAGUUUUCCUACAAGUCAACCACUAUCGGUCUUGAUAAAUACCUCCAGGAGACGCAGGACACCCUCCUCCACUUUGUUAAAGACCAUGACGACAGGAAAUCCUUGUACUCCAUCAGCAGACAUCAUCUGGUUAUGUAACAUAUUCCCCUAAAAAGAACAAAGGGUACCAAGGAAAGUGAAAAAUAAGGCGAUAAAGAGCCUCAGCUUUAACACAGACUUUCUUAAACAUUUCUUUGACGUGACAAAUAAGUUAAAUCUUAAUCUAAAUCAACACCUAUGAUCUAACUGCCUUUACUACUCGAUACAGUUUCUGACAUCAUUUUGGCACGUUCUGUUCAUUUCUUUAUGACAACUUUAAUGGGUGCCAAAAAACUAUCCAAGAAAGUUUGGUUAAAUUAUUAUGACCCCAUGACCACAUUUCGAAACCAUAGAAACCUAUUGUCACCAUAUCUUGGUAAAAAGUAAUAAACAAACAGCUGCGAUCGAAAAACUGGCACAAAUGGUUUUGACAUUAGUCGGAGAAAGAAGCUUAAUAACGUUACUAAAACUGCAUUCGGUGGGUACAUAUCAUGAAGAUGUAGCUUGCAAAAGAUACAUUUAUUACUGACUUCAUUGUUUUCAGAUAAAAAGGCAGCCUGUGCAAUUAUAAGUGGCUACAUUAAAUCACGCAAGAAUGGCCUCUUGCUGACAUGUGAUAUCCAAUGUUGCACAAGUAACAACUGUAACGAUGCAGGUAAUGUAUGACGCGUUUCGAUCCGGGGGAACCCUAUUUUAGCCUAUGCAGAGAGGAUCCCCCCUCCCCAAAAGGAGAAAAGAAAGGGAAAUCUGCCAUUUCAGUCUGUAAAAAGGCCCAAAAGGACUGAAAGAUGCAUUUUAAGGCUGUGAAAAUGCUCAAAAAUGACGAACCCUUAUAUAGUUAAAUGAAGGACAAUGUCACUUUAACUCAGCUUGUACUCCGGUCCACUUAUUAACAGUGUCAAGUCAAAGGCCUCUCCCAACUAAAUUAAUUAAAUUUAAAAAGGUGGUCUUGAAGACACUAGAGUAUCCCUCACCACCAAAAACUGAGCCAACUGAGCUCGUCGAAAGGUUCAUUACUUGCCUCUUUUCGCUGAUAUGUCAGAUAAUAUGAACUUUUCCCUAACAGCUGCCGGUCUACCGACAUGUACUUAUUGCGUGGAUACUUGCUCUAACAAGGAUCCUCCCCAAGCCUGUUCCCUAAAUCCAAGUUUUGGUUCGCUUGGGACGACUCACUGUGGCUCUGUAGUAGGUAGUUAUCGGGAUCGCUCCGGAAAUGUUAAGGAUUUGGCAUAUCGAGGAUGUUUUGACUGCGCCGGUAAGUUAACAGCCAGUUUUCACCACACUGAGGCUUAGGGCCAAGGCUCUCUCCUGGGAACGAGGUCGUCGAAUCAAGUCACUAAGCAGUUUGACGUCACAGAACUUAGUUUUUUUCUUGAACUUUCGCUGGUUAACUUAAACGCAGGUGUAUUUUCACCUUGUUUUCUCCAACCCCGACUUUAGGGCAACAUUUGCAAAAACGAGCACCUAAAGGCGUUUUGAAGAGCCAAUUUUUAGGAAACUAGAGCAACUUUUAUUUUCCCUAAUGGCGAGAGUGUAGAGCCGGGUUUUGAAGCCACGCUUUACCAGCUGUGUGAUUUGCCCAUGCGUGAUUCUUGUUAGGGACAAGCACUUACAAGAAUUUGCCCAUAAAUUGGACUUAACAAGUUAAAAACGACUUAUUAAAAGUCAGGCCCCUGUUGUUCAAAAGUUGGAUAGCGCUAUCCAACGGAUAAAUCGCUGUCAAGUGGAUAAGUUUAUUAAGAAAACUGAUUGCGUUAUCCGGUGGAUAUUCAUUUAUCUAGUUGAUAGCACUAUACACCUUUCCAACACACUGGGGCCAGAAUUUCAGUUUCCGAGGUUCUCUUUCAACCUGUUAGGUUGCUUCUGCAACUUGAGAGGAUCUACCCUGGGUACCAGAGGUUUUUUCUUGCGUGCGACGAGGAGCUUUCGCCGAGUGUCGGCCGACCAAAACCGGAAACCGCUCAUGAAAAGUCUCUGGCACCCAGGGUAGCGAGGAUCACAUCCAAAGUUAAGAACAUUCCUGACAGAAUCUCCUUAAGAAUUUUUAGACGGAUGAAAGAAGGGAAAAUUACUCAAAUGGCCAUUUCCGAGUUCCCCAGGGUCUCUGUAUCAAAACGAGGUUAGGUGCGAAACCUUUGAUACGGAAAUGAUUUUUCAUUCUCAUGCAAGUAAAACUCAUUUCCUCAAGAAAUGUUGAGCACCUAACCUCGUUUUGAUACAGAGGCCCGGGGAGACUCGGAAAUGGCCUAUUAGCGCCUGUUUACAUGGAGGUGGGGGACCCCAGGUAGGUGAGGUAACCCGCUUAGGUGAGGUAAAAAAAUAACCCUCCUUUACAUGCAAUCUUACAACCCCGCCUUCCCGGGGUGCACUUUCUCAAGAUUAUUGAAUGGUCGCUAAGCACGUAAACAAGAAAAAUGCUGGCAAGCCACGAGUUUUGGCGAUUAAUGCACUUCUUCACUCACUUGUUGCUCUUGCUGCAACCCGUCAGUGCAAUAGCUUUCUGUUGUUAACUUUAAUCAUAAUGCAAAGACACCGCGAAAGUGAAUUUUGCGCGAAUUUGAUGUAUCACGAAUCCGACCCCGGCCAGGCGGGUUACCCCACCUUGAAACGUUUACAUGACAAAUUGUGACCCCGGCUGAGAGGGUAACCCGGUCUGGUAGACCGGGCUACCCGCCUUGGCGGGUCACCCCACCUAUCAUGUAAACGUGAUCAAAUGAAAAUGAGAGAUUAUAUGGACAGGCGGGUUACCCCACCUAAGCGGGUUACCUCACCUACCUGGGGUCCCCCGCCUCCAUGUAAACAGGCCCUUAAGCUACAUGAAACUGGUAUUGUUGAUAUUGUUGCUUUCAAAGAGAAGUUAUGCAGCCCACGCUGCAUUAAAAUGUUCCACUUCAGAGCGCCAGUUUACGUCGGUAAGUGUCUAUAUUCUUAUCGCUGCCUUAAGAAAACCAAGUGACAUUUCUUAAUCAGAUAAAAAAGCGGCUUGUUUUGCUCUUGGUGGUUACUUGAAAAUGGCAGAAUCAGAGACUUUGUUGGAAUGUGAGAUCGACUGCUGCACUGGGAAGAACUGCAACACACAAAUACCGACCGGAUCGCCAUCAGCCAAUGCAGUCAAAGUAUUUACAACAGCAGGUAAUUAGACGAAGGAUGUUCUAUUUUUCAAGUAUCGCAUUAGAGAAAAAAGGAGGUAGAGGUGAAUACUAAACGCAUUAUUUAAUUUAUUCAAAGGCAUUCCAUCUCGUUAAUGGAGGACAGAGUUUCGCAGGUUAAGCGGUUUAAUUUUAAGUGAGUUUGGCCUUUUUUGGAAGUGUACUUUUCAAGUGCGUUUGUUGUUCACUACCUACCAUGCCACUACUAGUACAGACUAUUACUACUAAUAAUAAUAACUAGAAAUAAGUGACUCGCCGAGCCUCGCGAAGCAGAGGCUAAAGGCCUAAAGUAAGAAGAAAGGAAAAGAGGCCGAUAGGGAAAGGAAACUUUAUUUAUAUAUAUAAAAAACAAAACAAGAACGAAAAAAAAAAUUGAGAAGGAGAGAGGUAGUAGAUCAGGAAUCGAACGGGUUACUCCGCGCCUCCAGAUUGGCGCGAUUUCUCCUUACCACUGCUCUACUGAGGAUUACGAUAUAAGGACUAGUAAAAGUAUUUGAUUUAAACCCUUUUCCAUGGAACUUCCGCCAGCAGCAAAGGCAGUUUAAAGCUUAUCAAGCCGUAUUAAACACGAAUUCAAAGAUAUAUUCCAGCAAAAUAACCGAGAUAUUGACAGUCAAAAAUGAAUUUUGUCUACGGAGUAGGACGCAAAACAUGUUUUCUUUUCCUGAUUUCCGAAGUUAUUUUGAAGUUAAUUGUCCAAAUGACAUCCAUUUUCUGUUAAAGGUACGAAAUUUAUCAUAGAAGGCAUUUCUUGUCUUCUUAAAUGGCGGCUAAAGCAACCGGGCAAGUUUUGUGGCGGUUUUGAUUACAUGCUGCCCUUUUGCUAGGCACCUAAGUUCGCCCAAACCGAUAGAGAGAGAGAGAGAGAGAGAGAGAGAAAUUUUUGACCAAAGCAAGAUCACGAUCACGCCUCGCUUAGAGAUUGUUGUGCGCGUUGCCGCGCCCUGCAUGCGCUACAAAUUUAUAAACUCGCUUCGAAUUCGCUCGCGGAGUUACGGCCACUCGCUUCGCGAGAAUAACCAUGAUAAUAAAAGAGACGAAUAAGAAAGAAAACAUGAAAAAGUAAAAAUAAAUGAACACUAUUCACCUGCGAGCCAACCAAGGGCUAGUCAGGCACAAGGCUCUGUUUACUUUAUGUAGUGCAUAGCAAAGAGGAUUGUAGUUCGUAAAAAACUGAAGUAAUGUAAUCUGUCCAAUUUGGUAGAGGAAAGAGAGAUAGAAAAGGCGCAUGAGAAAAGGGAGAAAGUAGUCUGGAUAUAUUGGUAGGAGACUUAGGCUAUGCUCACACUAUAUCGCAGAGCUUUUUUGCCGGCUUGAAAACCACACCGGCUAUGGCUUCUGUUCUGUUAAAAACGAUGAUUUCGGAGCGAUAUCUCUUAACUGAGCGAAGCUGCACCGCGCCGAUCUCGAAAAAAGAGACUGACUCACAUAUUAGAUAGGUGUUCAUAAUAUACCGAAUAGACCUUUCGCGUCGACACGAAAUGCUAUCCCGUAUAGCGUGAAGAUAGCUGUAGUGUGAAUGAGUUACCAUAUAUAGAUCGUUUUCACUGUCACGCAACAAAAAAAUAAAUUGUAAACCGUCCAGUAGAAGAAAAGAAAAUGAAAUGUUAUGAAAGACUAGUAUUUAAACAAUUUGUCCAAGUCUCAGGGUCUUUGUAGCCCACAGUUUCAGUUUUCACGUUCCUUUGUAGAGCUUAGUAUGGAGACGCCAUACUGGUGUACCGUUUUGGUGCACCAAUAUGGCCGCCGGAAAUCAACAAAAACAUCUAGAGUUCACUUUUUCCAUAAAAGCUCUUUCUUUUCAUUCGAGAACUAGCAUACGUGCACAUAAACGUAUCUUCUAAUUCUUGAAAUGGUUAUACUGCUGAAAAUCAAGAGAACAGACUUUUUGUCAAUGAGACAGCUUUCCAAUUUUGGUGUCACGCACUGGGAAAACUCGGAAGUUCAAAUUGCUGUAUUUUCGAAAUGAAACAUGCUACAGGACUAGAAACUUGUACAAAGAUUUGUUUUUUGUUUAUCUUCAACCUAGUGUAGAUAAGAAUGCGUAAAACCUCGCUAUUUUGACUUUACAAUUUGAUGACGUCACUGUGAAAACCAUCUAUUGGUAAUCAAAAAAGGUUACGCCUCGAGUGAUCUUACCUUUUACCUUAAAAUAUAUUAACUCUCUCUCCCUUUCUUCCCCCCCCCCUCUCUCUCUCCAAUUUCCAACGCUCGUCCCUUAUUCUUCAUUAGUGAUUAAUAGUUGACGGUCGCGUUUUGUUUUCUAUGUUUUUUCAUUCUUUUAGCUUCUGGUCCGAAACAGUGUUUUUUAUGUCUGGGAACUAAUGCGGCCAGCUGCUCGCGCUCAAAGAGUCGGAGGACCCAGAUUUGCGCCACUGAUUCAUUGUCACUCGGUACUUCUCACUGUGGUGCUGCAGUGGGUAAAUAUCAGGAUAGCAAAGGAAAUAUCGUGGAUACCUUUGUUCGGGGAUGCAUUAACUGUGCUGGUAGGAAAAUAAUUUUACCCUUUGCCUAGAAUGAUUGUUGUUACGCUAAUUAUUCUGAUUAAUUCGAGACUUGAAACUCGUUAAUUAAAAUAAGUUCGCAUAUUGAGAAUGGCUUUACAAUGGCGCUGAAACAUAGAUUUUUUUUACACUCUUUUUUUACUCGACCGAUGAUGUGUGAGAAUAUUCCAAUAUUGGCGAUGCAAUAGACAAAACGUUUUUUUUGGACAGGAAUUAUAUUUACAGUUGACUCUCUCUUAACAAAUUUUAAACUUAAAACAGUAAACUGAUCCUUACGGCAGGAAAAGUGAUAGAAAAAAUAAAGAAAGAAAACAAAAAUAAAGUGGUGAAUUAUAUUUGGGCAAAUAUAAUUAUAAUAUUCCAAUUUUGGCAAUGAAAUAGACAAAACGUUUUUUUGGACAGGAAUUAUAUUUACAGUUGACUCUCUCUUAACAAAUUUUAAACUUAAAACAGUUAACUGAUCCUUACGGCAGGAAAAGUGAUAGAAAAUAUAAAGAAAGAAAACAAAAAUAAAGUGGUGAAUUUUUUUUGGGCAAAUAUAAUUCACCCCUUUCUUUUUGUUUUCUUUCUUUAUUUUUUUCUAUCACUUUUCCUGUCGUAAGGAUCAGUUAACUGUUUUAAGUUUAAAAUUUGGUACUAAAGAUUUUACUGAUCCAGGUCUAAAGAUCCGGCUGACCCUCACUAGUUUGUGGUUGUGGUUUUGCCUUCACGAGUGUUUCUCUUUUAACAGAUACCCCUAGCUAUAAGACGGUAUCGCUGUAAAACGGACAAAUAAAGGGGGUAAAGAAAGGUAGGGACCAACUCUAGGUGUCCGUUUUACAGCGAUACCGUCUUAUAGCUAGGGGUAUCUGUUAAGAGAGAAACACUCGUGAAGGCAAAACCACAACCACAAACUAGUGAGGGUCAGCCAGAUCUUUAGACCUGGAUCAGUAAAAUCUUUAGUACCAAAUGAGAGGGACAUCUCUAUGAGAGGGACAUCUCUCAAAAGGUUGCAUAUUUUCCACUGACGCGUUUUCGGCUACGCACGUUAACGCACGUAAAUUUUAAUCCAUGACGUAAAUAAUAUAGAGGCAAGAUAAAAUGUGCUGCGCUUAAACGAGAAGUUGAGCGACGUUCAACCUUUUACGCUUACGAGCGACCUUCCAUACAUUGUCUCUAUUUUAUUCACCCGCGUAAAAUUUACGUGUGUAAAACGCACGGAAAAAAUACGCGACAGUGGAAAUCCAACCUAAGACGGACACUAUAAAGUGUCCUCCUUAGAAGGAGUUGGCUGUAGCUAAUUAAUUAAGGUUGGGAGACAGGAGUUUCUCACACUGAAGGCACAAGCUAAAACAAAUAUAAAAAGAUUUUUGGUAUUAUUCCCUUUUAAUAAAUUCAACAGAAGUCUACUUUUUUUUCUCUUUUGACCGAUGAUUACAGAUAAGAAAGCGGCUUGUGCGGCUGUGGGCGGUUUUUUUAAGGGAGACAGAAGGCAAAGGUUGACCCAGCUGGAAUGCGCAGUCGAGUGUUGCACCAGUGAUGACUGUAACAAAGACAUCAUUCCAGUCUUACAAACAGGUACUUUGUACGUGUAA